UAUGUUGUGUGCGAGCUUAAAAAUGGGCAGCACUGGGCCAUAACAACCACCCAAGAAGGCGUUGAGCUGCUACGAAGGAAAAACGGUGCCAAAACUGAGAACGAAACCAUCCAAGAUUAUCUCGUCGUCCCGGCUAUUGUUGGCACUUGACCCGAAAGUCGUUCUAAGUGGAACCGUAGCUGCUCUCUGGCGAUGAAAAGCGGACGCUGACGUCGAGUCGUGCGUAACGAGUGGAGUUGGAAAAAGAAGGUGUUGAGCUGCAGUUUUUUUUUCUCUUCCUCUGCCAGGGACAACUUGUGUCGGAGUGCUGCAUUUUUAGUAAGAGGCGAGACGAAGACAAAGAUACCAGCCACCAACGACAACCACCCACUUUGAUGUUUUAGACAUGGCAGGCGGGGCCCGGGGCUCUGGGAACUCUUCAGAGGAUCCGUGUCGGACACGUGACUGAGGACUAAAGGGAGCGCCAUCGCCUGAGCAGAAUGACUCAGCAAGAGGGGGGACCCCCACGUAGCAAGUGAAGAGACGUGAGAAUGGGUGCCAAUGGAUCCAGCUAUCCGCACUCAUGCUCCCCGCGCAUAGGAGCCAAUGCACAGACGCAGCAGACCUUUAUUGGGACCUCAUCCUACUCGCAGCAGGGAUACGCCUGGGAGUCAAAGCUUUACAGCCUGGAACAUGGCCAUGAACGGCCCACCGACAGGAAGAAGAAAAGCCUUGGGUUGGCCACCCUUAAACGGCGGUUCAUCAAACGGAGAAAGUCCAGUCGCUCGGCGGAUCAUGCCCGGCAGAUGCGUGAGCUGCUGUCCGGGUGGGACGUCCGAGACACGAAUGCCCUGGUGGAGGAAUACGAAGGUACGGCGGCCCUCAAGGAGCUGAGCUUCCAGGCCAGCCUUGCGCGAGCUGAGGCACCAAGUUUGCCUCGGGAUCUGGCUGCCCUUUAUCAGCAUAAGUACUGCACUGACGUGGACCUCAUCUUCCAAGGGACUUGUUUCCCAGCGCAUCGGGCCAUUUUGGCUGCUCGCUGCCCCUUCUUCAAGACUCUGCUGUCCUCAUCCCCCGGCUACGGAGCGGAAGUCCACAUGGAUAUUGAGACAGCAGGCAUCGAUGUGCCCAUGUUUUCAGCGCUGCUGCACUACUUGUACACGGGAGAGUUUGGCGUGAGCAGCGCAGAGGAUUCGAGGCUGCAGAAUGUGGACGUGCUGGUGCAGCUCAGCGAGGAGUUUGGCACACCCAACUCCCUAGAAGCAGAUAUGAAGGGCUUGUUUGACUACAUGUGCUACUAUGAUGCCCUCUUGAGUUUCUCUUCAGACUUUGAAAUGGUCGAGAGUUUCAAUGAGCGAGGUGCUGGAGCGCCAGCUGCCGUCUCAGGAGGCGGCGGAGGGCCAGGCACCCCGGAUGAGGACCUUCGAGCUCAUAAGGCUAUCCUCUCUGCACGCUCCCCUUUCUUUAGAAACCUCUUGCAGAGGCGCAUACGUACAGGAGAGGAAAUGACAGAGCGCACGCUGCAGACUCCGACCCGUAUUGUGCUCGAUGAAUCCAUCAUGCCGCGCAAAUAUGUGCAGGUGAUUCUCCACUGCAUGUACACAGACGUGGUGGAGCUGGGACUGGUUCUGCGUGGUAGCCCCUCGGCAGGCAGUCUUGGGGAGGUCCAAGCCUUGGUGUCAGGGGGCCGGGGAGCCAGCACGCGCACGGAAGAAGCCAUGGAGCUCUACCAUAUCGCUUUAUUCCUGGAGUUCAGUAUGCUGGCACAGGGCUGUGAGGACAUUAUCGUGGAAAGCUUGUCUCUCGACUCACUGGUGCCCAUCCUCAAGUGGAGCUCACAACCCUAUGGCUCCAAGUGGGUACACAGGCAGGCCAUGCACUUCCUCUGCGAGGAGUUCAGUCAAGUUGUCACCUCCGAUAUUCUCUAUGAGCUCAGUAAGGAGCACUUUCUCAGCGCAAUCCAGUCAGACUACCUACAGGCCAGUGAGCAGGACAUUCUCAAGUAUGUUGUUAAGUGGGGCGAGCAGCAGCUUAUUAAAAGGAUGGCAGACAGGGAGCCCAAUCUGUUAAGCGGCACAGCCCACAGCGUCAACAAACGUGGAGUGAAGAGGAGAGACCUCGACGUGGAGGAGCUUAAGGACAUCCUUUCCCCUCUCCUGCCCUUCAUUCGAACCGAGCACAUUUUGCCUCCGCACAGCGAUGUCCUCUCCGACGCGCUCAAGCGAGGCUUGAUUAGCACUCCUCCGUCAGAUAUGUUGCCAACAGCCGAGGGGGGGAAGGCCAAUGCUUGGUUGAGGCAGAAGAACGCCGGCAUCUAUGUGCGUCCUCGCCUUUUCUCUCCUUACGUGGAAGAGGCAAAGUUGGUGCUGGAUGAAAUGAUGGUGGAGCAAACUGACCUGGUGCGUUUGCGACUUGUGCGCAUGUCCAACGUCCCAGACACCCUCUACAUGGUCAACAACGCUGUGCCGCAGUGCUGUCACAUGGUUAACCAUCAGCAGAUGACCGUUAACUCGGUCACUGCUCCAUCAGUUGUAGCCAAUGAAAUCCCAGUACCGCAGCUCUCAGUGGUGAAGGAGAUGAUCCGGAGGCUGCAGGAACUGAGACACACGGAGCAAGUGCAGCGAGCGUACGCACUCAACUGCGGCGAGGGCGCCACCGUCAGUUACGAGCUGCAGUUGCGAGUGCUCCGGGAGUUCGGUUUGGCUGACGGAGCCACCGAACUUCUACAGAACCCGUACAAGUUCUUUCCCGACGAACGAUUCGGAGAUGAGAGUCCAAUUCUGGCUCUGCGCCAGGUGGGUCGAUGUCGAGUAAACAGCAGCCCGGCCAUGGAUAGCAUGUUCACAGAGUUGGAAGGUGUAGCGGGCUUCCACCUGCCGCUGCCUCCCCCGCCUCCCCCUUACCAUCCCCCUGCUACGCCCAGCCACGCUCAGCUCAAAGGCGCCUGGCGACCCCGCGUUCCCAUGCCGACCCCCACCCGUUCCUUCUCCUACCCCUGCAACCGCACCCUUAGCCAGCGCCAUGCGGCGGCCAAGCAUGGCGGCUCGGACUUCUCCUCUGUGCCCAGACCCCAGCCCCCAGACUGCACCGAAGCGCAAGCUAUGGGCCGAUCCUUGCUGUCUGAACAGCAAGCGAUGGGCAGGGAGCCCGUUAUGAGGGAGUUCAUGCCCGACAUCGCGCUGGGCGUCUCGGUCAUGUCGCUGAGGGAGCAGCACAUAGCAGAGAUGGACCGUGAAAGCCCUCACAGCCCCAUGGGCCCCCCGGGUCUUCAUCUGCCCCAUGGGCCCUGCCCCUCCGUCCGCCACAGUCACAACCACGGCCCUGGGCACGGACACUCCUGCAAAAGACACGCCCCCGAACCCAAGCUGGAGAUGCAAGCGGAGUUUCCCGACCUGUACGACUUCUCCCGUCGACCUUCAUCUCCGGCCCCCGCGCACACUCUGUCCACGUUCGCAGGACCGGACCUCUACAGCCACAGCUGCGCCCCAUCGGGACCCUUUACACCCACUUACAUUACGGACUCUCAGUCCCACAGCCAAGCGCAGGGACGGACUGGCCCGGACCCACUACGGCUGGAUGUCCUCGGGAUGGCCCCUCAGAGGCAUGAUGCCGUUAACCCCUCGGGGCCGCAGCCCAGGAUGGGACACGCGCCGAGGGGCCGCUCAAACGAGACCGACCUGACUCACGGCUUGGGCCACCUGCGCUCGCCCAGCGGAAACAUGGACGUCUACGAGGACAGAAUGGCCGGACCUCGAGAUGCCCCAGAGGAGAUGGUUCUUGCUGUGGAGUCAUCUGGCCCGGGGCCCCUUCAGCAGCCUCACAGGAACAGUGUCAGCGAGGACAUGGCCAGAGACCGCAGGUCACCCAGCAAGCCUGACUACCCGUACAAAAAAUCUGCACUUUAACCCCAGCAAUUGAGUUGGGAAAAGGGAAUGACUGACAGCUCAUUUGAUUGAAUGGCCAAGCACUAAAUGUGUGUGUGUGCGCGUGCGUGCGUGCAUGCGUGUGUGUUCAACAGAAGCAUGGGGAAAGGUGAUUGCCAUCUAUAGGAAGUCCUUAUUGUCCUACCUCUGCCACUUGACUCCAUCCAUCGCACAGAGUUGAAGGGCAAAGUGUCCCAUUUCGAGGUCACUUAGCCGGAUGGAUCCGUGUGCCGAUUUGUUGGUUGGGGCAGUCCCUUAAUGUAGCUCAGUCGCCAAGUGGUUGUCAGACAGGCGCCGUUCAUGUUGAUGAGUGUCAGAUUGUAGGAUAGGAUUGUUCAUUUAUGAAAAGCCACACAGCCUGGAGGAGAGAAUUGUGAUAAAAAUCAUAUGGAAAUGUCCGCUUGUCUUCUACCAGUGGUUCUCUGUAGCAUCCCGUGCAACUAGUCGAAGUAGGGCUGACUGCCACGUCCAAACAAUCAGAGCGACUUGAUUGCAGGCUAUUACAAUAGUAUGGUCUUCUCGCGGUUACAGUAAGACCGUCUUUCCUACAAGUAUAUUAUUUAGGUUUCUUUUUAGGUGACAGCCUAGAAAACCUUCUGCAUCCUCUCAUCAAUCGAUCCCUUCUACACCGCUUAUCCUUGCGAGGGACACGGGUGAGCCGGAGCUUAUACAAUCUGACUUUGGGCGAGAGGCGAGGUACGCCCUGGACUGUUUGCCAGCCAACUGCACAUAUAGACAACCAUUCACACUCACAUUCUCACCCGGGGACAAAACUGAGUCUUCAAUUAAGGCAAGAAGCAGCCCAGAUUUGAACACUCAGCCUCAGCUGUUGCAUAGAAAGAAACUUAUAACGGUAGCAGGCGUGUCUUCUUGCAACGUAAACACACACACGCACGCACCAAGGUGUGGUGACAAUCUCAGUACUGUAUUCGCACAUUUUCAGCCUGGUGUCUUUGUACAUAUCAGGAGGAGGACAGCAGGCUGUGUGCUUGCGCUCCUUCCUCCUCCUAAUCUAAUAGCAUCAAGUAGUCAAAUCUUGAAGCCUUAACCAGUACUCUGAAUAUUCCAUUUCAGCUACCUUCAAACUCAGUUUUCUCUAUGAUGUCAUUCUAUCGCAAACCCCUUGUGAAUUCACAUUUAACAGUGUUGCCCUAUCUUAAUGAAGAAAAGGUUCAUAUACAGCCAAUUGAAAAAAUGUUUCACGUCUAUACAUACCAACACACACUUUCUGUAAGUGAAAGCUGGGCCUGUUAAAUUGACCACAAAGAUAUUCUGUUGUAUGAAUAACAGGUGAAAAAGCAAAAUAAUUGCAUAUUCUGCCAUCUAGUGGAAGAGCAUUUAAUUGUUCUGUCAUUGGACACAUUCCCGGCAUAGUUGAACAAGGAUACAUGUUUUGUUGUCAAGAAGUGAAACUGGAUAUGUGGUCGGGAAUCACUGAACUAAGUGACCGGAUGGACAACCAUCUGGCCACCAUCUCACUGGCCUCGCACAGUCAGCGGUCAUACUGUUCAAUGAAGUACUGUGGCCAAAAAUGCUGCAGCUGCUUGUAGCUCCAGAACCAUGCAAGUCCACGACUGAAGCUCACAUGCCUGCAUGAGAGUCAUUGUUUUAAGGGGAAAAGGAACAAGUUGAAACAAAAGGAAUCCUGCGUUGACGUGAAGAAAGGCUGCUGGCGCAUGUCGCUCCAGUGGAAAAAUUGUACAUAACCAAAUCAAGCGUCACUUGUUUCUGGUUUCGAUUACAUUGAAGUGGUCGUUGUGUUCAUGUGACAGUGUAAGUUGGUCCUGUCAUGAAAGCUCGCUGCGAAUGUGCUCUUAAGAUUGUGUCUCAGAGUUAUUUCCUUUGUAAAUGUUCUCCAUUUGGGGCAAUUUGCUCACUGUUGUCGGUGGUGUAAAUUAUCCUUUUUUUGCGCGAAUCUGAAGAUUGCCAAUGCAGAAUAAUCACCUUUUUUUUGUCAUCUGGGGUGGGGGGUGAAACACUAAACUUUUCUCGAUUCCUCGCUAUACAUGUUGUGUUGUAGUUGACUAUUCCAAGAGGACGUUCCGUUGACUAAAAGUGGUUGUUUUACUCUUUGCUGUAGAGAGGUCAGUGCCUUCCCUGCCUGCAGUUGGGUUUUUAUUGGAGACCUUGAUGUCUAUGCAAGCUCUUUUCUACCAGCUUACCAGCCUGCAUCAGAUAGUUGUAGCUCCCUUUUGUGUACAUUGAUGUUAUUUAGCACCUUUGGUUGUCUUUUUUUUUUUUUUUUGUAGUUGAAUCAUCUGAAACAUUGUGUUGGAUCCUCACAGGUACAUCGUACUUGUAUGGGAUCUUAGCAAUCGAUGUUUGUAGACUAAUUAUGUUGCAUUUAGUUUCAGUGAAUCUAUUUUUCUACUGGCGCCUCAAAAGGUGUGCAACAGUGGUCCUGAAAAAUAAACUGGUUUGAUAUUA